AGUUUUUUAUAAGAAUUUGAAUGAUUUUGUUUCACGUUAAAAACAAAUUGUUUACGAUAAUCGAUAAUGAUAUAGAAUUCCACGUUAAAUUUCAACUGAUGAACUACUAUAUGAUGAGAUUAGAUGUACUAUCUAUUUCUAACUGUCUACUUACUUACCUACCUACCUACCUACCUACCUACCUACCUAUCUAUCUACCACACUGUGUAUUAACAACAGUGGUGGGCAAAAUAUUCCGGUGCAAGUGGAAUCCGCUGUACAUUCGACGAGCAGUCGAGUAUCGGCCUCUCACCGUGCAAAACGUUUCGUCUCUCUUUUACGUUCUCAAUCCCGGCCACGUUUUCUUUCGCCUCGGAUCGGUGCCUCUCGAAUGAAAAACGAAAUUUAAUCGUACUAUUUGAGAGCGACCGAAUUAAUAAAAGAGGAAGAGAGAGAGAGAGAGAGAGAGAGAGAGAAAGAGAAAGAGAGAGAAAAUAAAUAAAUAAAUAAAUAAAUAAAGAGAUAACGAACGAAAGAAGGAAGAAAAUUCAAUUCUUUUCGUAUCGUUAUGUCGAUAAAAUUAUUAAUGACGUGAAUUAAAUCCUUUAAAAAAAGUAAUUAACGAUUGUAACGAAGUGAUCGAAGAAGUUUAUUGAAUUAAAGGAAAAAAAAAAAAAAAAAAAAGAAAAGAAAAAUAUGUAUAUGUAUAUGUAUAUGUUACGAAGAAAAUUUACGAUGGAUCGAUAAGAAAGAAAAAGAAAAAGAAAAAGAAAAAAAAAAGAAAGAGAGAGAGAGAGAGAGAAAAUAAAAUAUAACAAAAAGAAAAAGCAGGACAGCAGUGAUAUGAAGGAACGUUUUCGAAAAUGAUGAGGAGGAGCGAUACGAGUAAAUACGACGUCUCCGAGGUCGCAGGAGUAACCAUUUUGCUCCUCGUCGCAUUGACUCCUGUUCUUUGCUCCGCCGGAAUCCUGGACCCCUUUCAAUGGGCAAGAAGCGAUCGAAUCGAAGUGAACAUACCAUGGUUACCAUUUGAGAACGAAACAAGGUGUUACGAAGAAUUAGGAUGUUUGAACAUAACCAGAAGUUGGUAUCAUUUGAUGCAUCGACCACUCAACAUAUUUCCUUUACCAAGAGAAGUAAUCAAUACCAGUUUCAUACUUUACACCAAUGACAAUCCAACUGUGGGUCACGUAUUAAUGGUAGCCAAGGAAAAAUCGAUCAAAUAUUCGAACUUUGAUCCUAAACGAAAAACUAAAUUCAUCAUUCAUGGUUUCAUUGAUACACCACUUAGCAGUUGGGUAAAGGAAAUGAGAAACGAAUUAUUAAAACACGGUGAUUACAAUGUAAUUGUGGUUGAUUGGGCCGGUGGUAGUUUACCACUUUAUACUCAAGCUACUGCCAAUACCAGAUUGGUUGGCUUAGAAAUAGCUUAUCUUAUCAAACACUUGCAGACCAACUACGGAUUGGAUCCAAACGACGUACAUCUGAUAGGUCACAGUCUUGGUGCACAUACAGCCGGUUAUGCUGGUGAAAAAUUACGUGGUAAUAUCGGUCGAAUAACAGGCUUGGAUCCAGCUGAACCAUAUUUUCAAGGAAUGCCAAGUCACAUUCGUUUAGAUUAUACUGAUGCCCAACUGGUCGAUGUUAUUCAUACAGACGGAAAGAGUAUAUUUUUCUUAGGGCUUCCAGGUUAUGGUAUGAGUCAAGCUUGUGGACAUUUGGACUUUUAUCCAAACAAUGGAAAGGAACAGCCAGGUUGUACGGAUUUAAGUGAGACAACACCGUCUUUACCAUUGACUCUAAUACGUGAAGGUUUCGAUGAAGCAUCACGUGUCCUUGUGGCUUGCAAUCAUGUGCGUGCCAUAAAACUCUUCACCGAGAGUAUCAAUUCGAAGUGUCAAUAUAUAGCACACGAAUGUUCAAGUUAUUCAACUUUCCUAAAGGGCGAGUGUUUUUCUUGCAAGGGCAACGAUAGUUUAAACUGUGCGAUAAUGGGAUAUCACGCUGAUUCUAGUCCAGCAUUAUUAAAACGUACAGCUAUUAAACAGGAUGUCUCUUCGUUAUUAGGAUCUAAAUUUUUUUUUAACACCGGCAAAGAGGAACCUUAUUGCAGAAGACACUAUAGAAUAACAAUCAAUCUAGCUAGACCACGAACUGCUGAAAGUUGGGUUCAAGGUUUCAUGAAGGUCACUCUUCAUGCUGACAACGGACUGAUACGUAAUAUGGAUCUAACACCUAGUGGUUAUAUGAGACUAGAGCAUGGCUCGAGCGUAAGAAUGAUAGUUGCUCAUCCAUCAGGUUCAAUUGGCAAGAUCAAACGUGUCGAGUUAUCAUGGUCUUACGAUAUGGACGUGCUUCAACCGCGAUCACUAUGCUUUUUUUGGUGUAACGAUCGACUAUACGUAAACAGUGUUAGCGUUGACGUUAUGGAAUUACCAGGAAGAGGAAAAAGAGAGACCGAUCUCUCCAGCAAGUUAUGCUCAGCGAAUAGGCAGCAAUAUGCAGAAAUUGCCAGUGGUUCGGCAGCUUCAUUCGUUGACAAUUGUUGAUGAUCAAAUGAAUUCAAUUAAAAUCUUCGCGCAUGGAUGAGGAAAACUGAUAAAUAAUAUUCAUGUAUGUAUGUUGUACAUGGAUAAGUGAUAUAAGUAAGUAAAUACAUCAUACAUACAAAUUUUCGUCGAGAAAAUUUGUUUUCUUGAUUAUAUUACGUAGGAAAAAGAGAUGCAAAAGAAAAGGCAAGAAAAGAAAAGAAAAAAAAGAAGAAAAACAAAACAAAACAAAACAAAACAAAAAAAGAAGAAGACAAAAAUGAAAGGGCAAAAGUAUCAACACUAUUUCAACUCCCAGUAUAUGAAAAUGAUUUAACAUUAAGAAUAUUACAUGCGUGUAAACGCAUAACACUCGGUAGAGAUCUUUUCCUUAUAAGGAAGACAAAAAAUAGUAAUAAAAAGAAAAGAAA